AUGGCGGCGUUACUACGAUCACAGGAUGCUCUCGACCUAGAGACUGCUAUUCGCGAGUGGCAGUCCCGACAGAACGAACACCAGCAUGGCGGCCUAGCCCAGGAGCCUGAUGAGAAGAGCGCUGCGGCGCGCCUCACUGCAGCCCUCGAUACCCUAUUUCGCGAGAUUGUGGUGAUACUCUCCGACAAGGGAAAGUUUCCCAGGGAUAUCUUCAUUAGCCUCGAUCGAAGUCGCAGCUGCUUCUCGCUUUGGUCCGACGGCCAUGGAGUGGCCAGCGGGAGCCUGGACGACAAGUUCCAGCGAUCUCGGAAGUUGAGACAAGCCACGAUGAAGACGCUUUCCCAUCUUUCAUCUACCCUUAUCGAUCGUCUUGUCCCUGCGGCACACAUCUCAAAUCCCAAGACCAAAGGGCUGUGCGACCAAGUGAGCAACAUUUUGGAAGAAGUCAACUUUUCCCACGUGGCCGACGACUCGUCUAGCGACUCAACAUCUGAAUACAGCACUGCGGACGUUCAUGAACUCGCAGAGGAUCUCAAGACCGAUGUCGAUUGUCUCAUCGAACUAGACCAGAUGAUUCGAGACCCAGCCACGGACCCAGAGCCGGAGAUGACCGAAGCUAACGUCUCUCUGUCUUCUUGGGCACCUCAUCAAGUUUUUGCCAACAAGGUUGAGCAUCGGUUCCCGGCAGCUGAUGCUAAGUUGUUUUCUUCGCUUGGUAUGGUCAAUUAUCAACGUUACCUAAGGUGUCAGAUCGAACGAGACCGCAACCAAGUCCAUGCUGAACAGCCUGAACAAAUUGUUGAAGUCACCGCGGGCUCAAAAUUCCACGACUCUGGCCUUGGCUCAUCUCUAAAUCCGGAAAGCUCAUAUGCAGAGACUAUUAUGAGCUACAGGGAUGGCAAUCGAUCCAUCCGGAUUCCCCCAUUGCCAGAGGAAGCGAAAAGAGGAGAGGCGUUCCCGUGUGUUGCAUGUGGACGUUCGGUCAUCAUAACUACUAAUUCCCAAUGGAAACGCCAUCUCUACAUUGAUCUGCAGCCGUAUGUGUGUCUCGACACAUCAUGCCAACGCAGCGAUUCUACCUUCUCCAACCGCGCCAACUGGCUGCAACACCUGGCUCUCGACCAUGGCAUGGAACCGAGUUGGGAACAGAUCGAGUGCCCUCUGUGCGGAGACGAAGCCGGACCUGGGAAGAUUACAAUAACCACACAUCUGGGUCGGCAUCUCGAAGAAAUAUCCCUUUCGGCAUUGCCUGUAGCUCCGGACUCCGAGACGAACUCCGAAGCCUCGGAGUCAGAUAUAGACAACAGCUACCGGGUGAAUCAAGACGACGAGGAGGAACCCCAAGAUCUCGGGUUAGCCGUAUUUGGAAGUGAAGGAGAACUAUCUGAUCAGACCAGCAACAUCCUUUCUGUACAGUCUUGGAAGUCAUGGGAAGAUCUCAUUGACGCUACUAAUAGAGAAGCUGCUGGAGGUGCUACUGGAGAUCAACCUCCUAUAUUGUCGGACUAUCUCGCUUCGCCCUCUGUCAGGCCUGCAGCCGGUGACGAAGCGCUUGUGAAAUAUCUGCAAGCUCGGCCGUUGGAAAGGCAGUUGCAGAGAGACAUUGCCAUGCAGCAGGAGAAGCGAAAGGAGACAGUUGAACUAUCUCAUGAGCCUGAGGUUCAGAUCCACAAUGUUAAGGAAGCAGCCUUCCAUCGCCGAAUGGGGGAGAUGAAGACUGCUCAGGAAGAGGCAAAGAGGGAGAUCGAAAAGUCCAGGAUCGAGGCGGAAGAGGCUGCCUAUCAGAGGUUGAAGGCCGAACAGAAAGCUGAGGAGGAGGAGCGAGCUCGACUCUACGCUCAAGCUAUAGCGGCAGCCGAGGAAGCUGCCUAUAAGAGAAUCAAGGCUGAACGCGCUGAAGAAGAUCGACUCAGGGCUGAGCUGAAGGUCAUGGAAGCUCGCCGACAAUCCGAGGCCGAGAUUCGGGACAGGGUUGAAACAGAGGCGAGGGCUAAGAUGCUCGAAAUCGAGGAGGCCCACCGUCGUCAAAUGAAGGACAUGAAAGCUGCCCAAGCAGAGGCUAAAAGAGAGAUCGAAAAGGCCAAAGUCGAGGCUGAAAAGGCUGCCCGCGAGAGAUUGGUGGCUGAAAGAAAGGCCGAGGAGGAGCGAAGUCGAAAAUACGCCGAGGCCAUGGCAGCUGUUGAGGAGAACGCGAGGCUUAGGUUUGAAGCUGAGCUCAAGGCUGCUGAAUCCCGUCAACAGGUUGAAGCCGAGGCUCGUGAUAGGGCUGACGAGGAGGCUAUGCUCAAGUUGGAAGCUGCUGUCAAGGCUGGUAAGGAUCACCGCGAGGCUGAAGCUGAGGCCAUCACUCAAUCCAAGGAGGCUCAAAAGAAAUACUACGCUGAGAGAACAACAGAUAUGUCGUUGUUGGAAGGCGAGGAGGAGUUCCUGUUUCCUGGUGAAGAGUUUAACCUGAGCGCUCAGAGCCCAAAACAGCAGGCCCCGCAAAAUUUACUCGCGCGUGCUGCUAGGAUUUCUGAGCAACAACGCGAGGCAGUAGCUACUCAGGCCGAGAAGGAGGGUCGCGAUAAGGUUGAAGUAGAGGCCUGGCUCAAGCUCGACGACACGGUUAUGGCCACCAGCGAGGAACGAGCCCGAGAACAUGUCGAGGAUAAAGUGGUCUCCGACAGCCCUAGACAAGAGGUCUCAGACAGAAACGCUGGUGUUGAACAUGACCAACGUCUCGAGGAUUGGCAGACGCGACAUUGGCGUUGGAUUUGCCCUUCCUGUGGUUCAGAAGACCAGGAUCGCCGAAAGGGACCAGUCUGCAGCAAUUGCUCGUACCUUGUUGGUGAUGGUGAUGGGUUUGAAGCCUCUGUGCCUGAACAACGCCAACCUCGGGAAGAUGAGGUCGUGACGGAGGAGCAAUUUCAAAAGCAGCAUCAAGGUUCACCGAAACAUCAGCCCACUUUCACAUCUCUGGAGAGAGCGCCACAAGCCGCGCAUCAAUACAGCUCCAAACAUGCAGGCCAGAGCAUACCAGACACAACCACCAAUAACGACAGAAACGCACCCAUCAACGGCCCUGAGCAUAGUAGCGACUUUCUACCUCAGUUAUCCCAUCCAGGGCCAGGCUUCAACUAUAUCGAAAAACAUAACUACCCUGGGUAUAUUCCGCGUGAACUGGACUUGAUGGAACCUCACAUUGGGAUUGAUAACCACACUGCCGUAUGGAAGAAAAAGCUAAACCCCAUUCGUUUGAAUACUGCAGCCAAUCAUCCCUUAUCCGGUCUCGACUCCAACGAUCCUCCAGUGCUUCCUCCUAUUCAGCUAGGCAAUGCCAAAGGCAUUCAUACUACAAUACCAAGCCUCAACGAGGAUACUGGCCUAGUGGAUGGCUUUCGUGACGCUGACAGGGAUUGGUCUCUGAUCACAGACCUAGCCGAGCAGAGAAGGAGGGCGAACCGAAUGGCUCAGCGUGCCUAUCGCGAGAAGCUGAAGAGACGCCUGGAGGACCUUGAGAGGCGUGCGGGUGCAGCCGAUGGCCAAGGUUCCGAUCAAUCAGGCACCUCCAAAGAUGGCCUCUUGAAUGACAUACCUACUUCCCCCGCGCAAAGGUCGCUCGGAAGUGCUCGUGAUCGGAAUCGAGACCCGGAUGUUGACCGGGAAAUAUCCUAUGAAUCCGAUCAUGACACUUCCCAUCCGCGAGGGCAUGACUUUCCUACAGCCCCCCAAGAGUCGGCCCCCCGUGAGCAUGAGACACAGGUGAGACAGAAACUGCCUGCAGGGAGUAGUCAGCGGGCAGAUGAUUCGGAUCAAUGGCAGCAAAGUGAUCACAGAUCCUUAUCAACCGAGCCACCGAGUCUUCCAGCUGCUCCUGGACUCAGGACAACCUCUCACACUAGGGAGCGCACGCCAUCUUCUCCCUGCGCCAACCAAGACUCUUUGGGCGCUUUUGCCAUGGAUAACCUCUUUCCUAAUGGACCCAUCUUGGGCACAUCGGAAUAUCCCAUUGACGUCACGCGCCUUCCAUCUCCUACCGAGUACGACGGCUCCUCUUCUCACCACACUCCCAGGACAGACGCACCGUUUAACUCCGUGCGGGGUGAUGACGAUGAUCUUGAAGAUGAGUCUUGGCCGUUCGGGUCUUGGCCGUCCCCUCGACCACUGUAA